UUCUCCCACUCUCCCUUGCUACAAGCUUUCACACACACGUCCCAAGAACACAUCAGUGCUGCAGACUGAUACAAUCCAAGAUUUUCAUCAACCUACGGUACCGUUGAUUCUAUCUUCUCGAUAACCCGAGCGAGAGAUCGAUCGAGUAAGUGCACUCCAUGUCCAGGUUGAUGUCCGCCAUGCUGCUCGGAGGCGCGCGCGCCGCUGGCGCCGCAGCGCUCACCGGCACCACAGCCGUCAAACCUCUCCCCAAGCACUACCUCCUCGCUCCCCGGCCGCACACCGCGAGCUGGAGCCCCCUCUGCUUGCAGACCGCCCCAAGAUCGUCCCAGGCGUAUCACAACGCGCCGGAGGACCGGAGGGAGAUCAAGGACAAGUACAGGGGCGCGGCGGAGCAGGCGAAGGACGCCACUGGCAACGCCAAGGACAGCAUGAAGGAGACGGCAAGGGAAGCCAAAGACAGGGCAGACCAGAACGCGUCGCGCAUGGCUGAGGAGACCAAGCACAAAGUGGGGGACGCCGCCGAGGAAGCGUCGCACAUGACGGAGAAGGCAAAACAUCAGACGAAGGAGACCGCGCAGGAAGCCGCCGAGAAGGCCUCCCGCAUGACUGAGAAGGCCAAGCACGAGACGAAGGAGACCGCGCGCGAGGCGGCGGACAAGGCGGGCGAGAUGAAGGAGAGAGCGAAGGAGACGGCCGGGCAGGCGGCGGAGAAGACGAAGGAGACCGCGAGUGCGGCGGCGGACAAGACGGGGGAGAUGAAGGAGAGGGCCAAGGAGACGGCCGGGCAGGCGGCGGAGAAGACAAAGGAGACGGCCGGGCAGGCGGCAGAGAAGACAAAGGAGAUGGCAGGCUCGGCGAAGGAGAAGACGGCGGAGGUGGCGGAGGGCGCCGCGGAGAAGGCCGGCGAGGCCAAGGACAAGGCAGCGGAGAGCGCGAAGAGCGCCGGAGAGAAGGUGGUGGAGAUGACCAAGGAGGGCGCGAGCAAGGUGGCGGACACGGCCCAGGCGCUUGGCGACAAGGCGAAGCAGGCGGCGCAGGACAUGUGGGGCGCCACAAAGGAGGCCGCGCAGGUGGCGACGGACAAGGUCGUUGGGGACCACACGGCGGAGGAGCACUCGUCGUGGGACGACGUCGCCGCGGCCACCAAGGAGAGGGACAGGAUCGCGCAGGAGGCGCAGAAGAGGCAGGCCAGGGAGAAGGGCUCCGGCUUGCCGUAGGCACAAGUUACUGAAUCAAAUGUGUUCCAAUGCAUCUAGUAGCCUCUCUUUGUUUUGAGCUGAAAUUUUAGUAGUUUUACGUGUUGAAUAAUGCUGGGGGAAACAGAUGUGUGACGGUGGAGGUUAGCAUGUAAUGUAUGCUCUCUGAUGCACGCAUGUCUAUAAAUCAAACCAUUAGUUGUUUUCUGA